GGCGUCUGCUGCGGGUGCCGUUGCCAUGGAGACCGGGCCCGGUGGAGAGGAGCGCGCGGCGCGGCUGCAGCAGCGCGGGGAGCAGCGCGCGGAGUUUCACCUGCUGAUCGUGAUCGGCGAGAUCGGGACCGAGCAGCAGCUGCAGACCGCCAAACAGCAGAUAGAGCGCGGUAUCCGUUCCUGGGACAUUAACCUUGCUGUGUGUGAUCUCGACAAACAGCUGCAGCUCUUCAUCACCAGACACUCUGCCCACUUCUCUGCAGAGGUUAGAGGACAGAGGAUUCUGCACCACAGAAGUGAUGUACUCGAGACAGUUGUCUUAGUUAAUCCAUCAGGAGAUACGGUUCUUUCAGAGAUCCAGUCUCUUGUGUCUGACCCAGCUGUGCACAAGUUACUGGUCCUGAGUGGGCAGAACUCGGACCAAGGUGACCUGAUUCUUCAAACUGGAGUGUUUACUUAUCAAGCCUUAUCACGUGUCUUUGCUGAUCCUGGGGUCACACAUCUGCUGGAAAAAGCAGACCCAGGGCAGCGGGCAACACUCACUGUGUCCUGCCGAGCUGAGGCAGGUUGGACCUCCCUGGGGCAGCGUUUAAAGGAGUUUUUGGACUAUAAAUUGAAUCCGGAGCCUGUACUUCCCAAAAUGGAGGGCGUCACAGAGUUCACGGAGUACAUUUCUGAGACAGUAGAUGUGCCAUCUCCGUUUGAUCUACUUGAGCCACCCACUUCUGGAGGAUUCCUCAAGCUGUCAAAGCCUUGCUGCUACAUAUUCCCUGGUGGAAGAGGGGACUCUGCCCUAUUUGCAGUAAAUGGCUUCAAUAUUUUGAUUGACGGCGGCUCAGAGAGAAGAUCAUGCUUCUGGAAGCUUGUCCGACACUUAGAUCGUAUUGAUUCUAUUCUGCUCACUCACAUUGGUGCCGACAACCUCCCUGGGAUCAAUGGGCUUCUUCAGAGGAAGAUAGCAGAGCAAGAAGAAGAGCAGUCACAGGGCUCAACUACCUACAGUGACUGGAUGAAGAAUUUGAUCUCACCGGAACUCGGAGUUGUGUUCUUCAAUGUGCCAGAGAAGCUCCGCACAUCGGAAUCAAAUUUAAAAGUCAAGCGUAGUAUUGAGGAAGCUUCUCUGACAUUGCAGUACCUUGAUAAACUUGGAAUUAAGCCGGAACCACUUUUCCGUGUAGUUAGUAAUACCAUUGAACCCAUCACACUUUUUCACAAAAUGGGUGUAGGCAGGUUAGAUAUGUUUGUCCUCAAUCCAGUGAAGGAGAGUAAGGAAAUGCAGUUUCUUAUGCAGAAGUGGGCUGGAAACAGCAAGGCCAAAACUGGGAUUGUACUUCCCAAUGGAAAAGAAGGAGAAAUAUCUGUGCCGUACUUAACAUCUGUUACGGCGCUUGUGGUAUGGCUUCCCGCCAACCCAACAGAGAAGAUCGUCCGAGUUCUGUUUCCUGGUAAUGCACCACAGAACAAAAUCCUCGAAGGGCUCGAGAAGUUAAAGCACCUUGACUUCCUGCGAUAUCCAGUGGCUACGCAAAAGGACAUAGCUUCUGGUGUCUCUCCUUCUGUUGUGAAACAGACGAAGUUAAAGCAAAGAACUGACAGCAAAGAAAGUCUCAAAUCAUCUCCCAAGAUGCAUACACCAACAAAGACCAUCAAGAAAGAAACUGAUGGACAAGAGGAUACAUCCAUCCUUGAGACUAAAAUUGAUUCUAUCAAGGAGAACAAGCCUGACAAAAAAGAGGAAAGAAAGCAUUCAAAACCACUGAAACCUAAAACUGAGACAACAGAAAAGAAAAAGCUAUUGAAGGAGAAAUCACUGAAAAAGUCCAUUAAAGAAAGAGCAUCCAAAAUGGAUGAGAAAAAAGACAAGGAAAAGAGAGAAAUCAAGAAAGAAAAACGUGAAAUCAAAAAAGACGACAUGGUUAAAAGAGAUGAGAAAAGAAUGAAAUCCAAGGAUGUUUCAAAGCCAGAACUGAGAAAAAUCACCAAACCUGAUCUAAAGCCGUUCACACCAGAGGUCAGGAAGACUCUCCACAAAGCCAAAACCCAGGGGAAACCCAAAACAAUAAAGAGCAAGGCUGCAAAAGUGGAAAAUGCAGAGACUGUUGCAGAGUCAGGUGCUGAGAAGGCUGAAUCUGAGACUCAGGAGACUGGUGCAGAAGUCAAAUCAGUUGCUUCAACUCCAGAAGAUCUGACUAAGGAAUUUGAAGAGCUAAAAGAAAAGGCAGCACCUGAACUGAUAGAACAGUCUGUGGCAGAAGUAAGUUCCCUCACACCUUCAGAACAGCAAGCUGAUGAAGAAGUAGGCCCUAGAACUGAUGCUGCUGGUGAGGUAGAGGAGGCCUUUACUUCAGAAACUGCAACAGAUAUAGAGAAACCAAGACCCGCAGAUGAAGAAGUGCAGGCAGAGAUCAGAGAACAACCCGAGGAAGCUGCAGCUGAGCGCCAAGAAGUGGAGGCUGAUAAUAAUGAGGAUGAAGGAACUGCCAUAGAGGAUGAAGAGGAAGAGGAGGAGGAAGUGCAUACAGUUGAGAAGAAAACAGUAGAAGAAGAAGAAGACAUGGGAAUUGGGGAUGAAGAAGAUGAAGGUGUGUCAAGGGACAGCAGAGAUUUGGAGGGUGUUGAUAGGAAACAUGAGGUGGAAGAAAUGGAGAAGCAUAAAGAAAGGGAAGAAAUGGCAGGCGUAUCAAAGACUGAAGUUGAUGAAGGGCAGAUGGAAGAUGAGGACGUGAUUGAAAAAGCUGAGUUAGAGGAGGCUGAAGACUUGGAUGCUAUUGCAGAUGAAGAAAUCAAAGAUGUCACUGAUGAGAAGAUUACAAAGGCCAAAGAGGAUGAGGAUGCGUAUUUUUCUAAUGUGGGAGGUCUGACGACUGGUCUAACCACCACAGUCCAAGGAGCUGCUGCAGCAGAGAGUUUAUCAUACAUUCAGGAUGAGACCAUACCGGGUUACUCAGAGACUGAACAAACAAUCUCAGAUGAGGAGAUUCACGAGGAAUCUGAAGACAGAAUACCCCACCUUCAGUAUGAGGUUGGAACAUAUGACGUCUCGGUACCAGACCAAACAGGCUCUUUCGAUACAAUUCAUGGCAUGAAGGAGAUGCAAGCCAUGGGUGAUGGAGCUGCAAAAGCAUUUACGGGUAUCCAAGAACCUACUAUAUCGAUGUACACUAGCAUCAUUGCUGCUCCACUGGCAGAGGAGGAGCAUGUGUCUUCAGCUACAUCCAUCACUGAAUAUGACAAACUGUCUUCUUUUCCAACUUCUGUUACUGAGGAUCAGUCAGUGGCAUCUGUCACAGCACCUCAAACUGAGGACACUGGAAAGAGCUCUCUGCUUUUGGACACAGUAAACAGUGUACAUCCCAUUACUCAAACAGAUGCUACACAAGGAAAAGACUAUCUGCACUCUGCUGGAACCAUUUCACCAACAUCCUCUCUAGAAGAGGACAAGGGUUUCAAAUCACCUCCUUUAGAGGAAUAUCCACCUCUUCCUUCAGAGGGAAAAACAGAGGGAAUUGACACCACUGCACACUAUGAUGACGAGGAUGAGGACGAGUACGAAGAUCAAACACCGAAUGUUGAAAUCUCACUUGGAAAGUUACAAGAAGGAUACGCUGUUUCACAUAAACUGCAAGAUGAAGACAAAGAACGAGAUAAGCCAAAGAGUCCUGAGCCUGCUCCUGUAGAGUCUGCACUGGAUAAAAAAACAGAGUCUCUUUGUGAGUUAGAGCAAAGAACAGAGCCACCGCUUAGAGAUGAUUCCACAUCUGAAGUUACUGCUAAACCAGCUUCUACAACACAUGUCGCUUCAAAACCCCUGGUUUCAGAGUCAGGGAGUUUUCCAGAGGCAGAAGAUCGAUGCUUUAGUCCUGAUGACAGCACUGUAAAGAUGGCCUCACCUACACAAUCUGGACCACCCAGUGCCACCCACUCUCCUCUUCGUAUGUCGCCUGUUGAAGAAAAAUUCAAGACGUUCCCUGAACAGUUGCAAAAAGAACCAGACAGUGCAGUUUGUCCCUCUGAACUGAAAUUUGAAAAGGACAAUGAAAAACAAGUAACAAAAAUUGAUGAGGUUGAACAACAUGAUGCAGGCACAGUUGCUAAAGUAGGUGAAAAAGAGACAGAAAAAGAGGAGAAAAAGGAUCAAGCCCUGCUUUACACAAAAGAGCCCACCACUGCAACAGUUUCCGAAAAGGAAGAGCCCACCACAGCAACAGUUACCGAAAAGGAGGAGCCCACCACUGCAACAGUUACCGAAAAGGAAGAGCCCACCACAGCAACAGUUACCGAAAAGGAGAAGCCCACCACAGCAACAGUUACCGAAAAGGAAGAGCCCACCACGGCAACAGUUACUGAAAAGGAAGAGCCCACCACUGCAACAGUUACCGAAAAGGAAGAGCCCACCACGGCAACAGUUACUGAAAAGGAAGAGCCCACCACUGCAACAGUUACUGAAAUGAAAGAGCCCACCACGGCAACAGUUACUGAAAAGGAAGAGCCCACCACUGCAAAGGUUACUGAAAAGGAAGAGCCCACCACUGCAACAGUUACUGAAAUGAAAGAGCCCACCACUGCAACAGUUACUGAAAAGGAAGAGCCCCCACUGCAAAAAGAAUCAGCAGAGGGUGUGGCAGUGAAGCAGACAAGUAGAGAAGAAGAUGAGGAUAAGGAUGAAGAUGAUUUGAACAUUUGUAGUAAAGACAAAAUUGCAGAAGAAAAAGAAAGUCAGUUCCUUCACGAUCGUGAUCACAUUGAUAAAUCCUCUGAGAUUAAAUCUUCUGUAGAAAAAGAAGAGAAAGGAAAGAAAGAAAAGGAGCUUUAUGAAGAUGAGAAAGAGGACGCAGAGGAGAAACAAGAAGAAGAUUAUCAGCACACAUUGCCAGAAACAGAUAAAGAAGAGGCUCCAUCAUUUUUAGAGUCUAAAGAAAAGCAGACAGAAAUAGCAGAAACGCAGGGUCUAAUAUCAGGAUCUGACAAAAUAUGCGUGCCUCCAAAAGAGGAUUUCCAAGCUGAGAUAACUGGAAAAAUACCUGAAAAGACAGAAGCGGUCACUAAGAAGGAUAUAGAGUCUAUUACAGCUGAGAAACAGGUUGAAGAAAUUCAGCCUCAGCUUGUAGAGUCAAAGCCAGAAAAGGAAGAUUUACCCAUAAAACUAGAUGAUAAAUCAAGAGAGAAAGAUGUGGCCAGUGAACAACCUCUGAAAGCUGAAACGUUGGCUACACCUUUAACAAAACCAACAGAGAAGCCUGAUGUUGAAUCAGCUGCGCCAGAAGUGCAUGAUAUGAUGGGUCAGGUCACUGACAAGAAACUAGAAAGUACUGAAACACUUUCUCUGCAGCCAACAUUAGAGGACAGAGAUGCAGUCCACAGAGAUGACAAGUCAAGAGAAAGCGAGACAGAAAUAAUCAAAUCUCAACAACUGCUAGAUUCUAAAGAAGCUGUGGAGGAGAGCCAGUCUCAGACCAUGUUACCAGACAAAACAGUUUUGUCUGUAGGCAAAACACAUGAGGAAUGUAAAGACAAAACCGCAGAAAGCAUCACAUCCCAAAUACAGCAAGCAGACACAGCAGAACAUUUCUCCUCAAAAACAGAAGAUGCACAUGUGGUGGAAACCCACUCUGUAACAGAGGUAACAGAUUCAGCAAUUAAAACAGUUGAAGAAUGUAAAGAAGAUCAAGUGGCAAAAAUGCAGACUCAAGCCUUAGAAUCAGAUGAGAUGCAUGUACAGUCUGAAAAAAGUGAGGAAGAAUCUACAAAGAAGCCUGUGGAGGAUACCCAGUCAACAACACAUGCUUUACAAGAGACAGAAACUCUAGCCUUAAAGACUGAUUUUAAAUCCAAAAGUGAUGAGGAAUCUACAAAGGUGCUUAUGGAAGAAAUCAAAACAGAAAUUCAGCAGCCAGCCUCAAAGGAAUAUGUCUCAUCAAAAUCAGAUUAUGAAUCCGAAGAUGAGCCUACAGUUGUAAGUCAAUCAGUUGCAGAAGUAACAGAUUUACCAACCAAACCAGUUCAAGAAAGGAAGGAGGAAAAAAUAGACAAAGUCCAUACUCAAUUCUUAAAGUCAGAAGAGACACAUUUAACUCCUAAAGGUGAGGAAGAAUCUACAAAGAAGCCUGUGGACGAUACCCAAUCAGCAACACAUGCUUUAGAAGAACCAGAUAUAUCACCUCCACCAGAGUUUCAACUUGAAGAAAAACAUCUAGAACCAAGUCUACAAACUCAAAUCUCAAAGCCUAUACUUACAGACGCCUCAGAACAAGAAAUUAAACAAUCAGCUUUAGAAGAUGUCAAAACCCAAAUAGAACCAUUAGAAUCAGAAAAAACAGAUACAUCACUAAAAUCUGAACUCGAAUCCAAAGAUAAGCAUAUACAUGACAGCCAGCCUGAAAUCGGUCAGGCCUUAUCAGAGAAUUUGGAAGUUAAAGAGGAUCAAGAGUCUAAAGAGAAACAUAAGGAGGAAAUUGAACUUCAGCAAGAAAAGUCAGAUGUCAUUUCCAAGGAUGAUGUGGCAGAGUCCACAGAAAAGCAUGAAAAAGAAACCACAUCUGCAGCUUCAGCAGAGAAAACAGACAAACCAUCUAAGGUAGACGACAAAUCCGAGUACACAGAGUUGGACACAAUUAAAACACCUAUAGUUUCUGAAGAAAGAGAUUCAACUGGUGUAUCAGAUCAAGACAAAGCAGACAUCAAAUUACAGCAAGAAAAGAGUGACACAAGUUCUGAGGACAAAUGUAAAGAGCAGAGCCAACCACAAACCACAACAACAGAGAGUGAGAAAUCACAAGACAAGAUUGUGGAAGACGUACCAUCUCAAAUAUCAAAACCAAGUCAAGAAAAAAUUUAUAUUUCUACCAAAGCAGAUCAUGAACCUAGGGAUAAAGAAAAAGAUAAGGAUAAAGAAGAAGACCAAUCCCAUGUCAUCAAGUCCAUAUCUGAAAAAACUGAAUCAGCAGACAAAACAGAUAAAGAUUCCAAAGAGAAAGGAGUAGAAGAGAUCCUUUCUGAAAAAACAGUCCCCACUUCAGAGGAGACAAGCAUAACUUCUAAAGAAGAUCAAGAAACAAAAGAAAUACACACUGAAGAUAGCAAACCUAAAGCAUUGGAAUCCGUAACUGAAAGAACAGGUGACAUUUCUAAAUUAGAUCAAACUGCAGAGAUGCAAAAACAAGACGUAGUCUCUGUUUCUAAAGAAACAUCUGAUUCAAAGCUUGAUUUUGAAUCCAAAGAGACACUUCUAAAACAAGAUCCCAUCAAAUCAUUACCUGAACAAACUCCUUCACCUGCAUCAAAAACAGCCCUGGACUCUAAAGCUGAUUUAGAAUCCUCUCAAGAGGAAACUCCAAAACAAGCAUCGGUCUCAAGCUCUGAGGGAGAAGAUCUAGAAUAUCAGGCAGACCUCACCUCUAGAAUACAACAGAAAGGAGAUGAUGAGAGACAUGCAGUGUCAGAAUAUGAAACCGAGACUUUAGCAGCAGUGCCAGAGAAAAUGGACAUUAGUGCUAAGCUAAAUUUACAAUAUAAAGAAAAGUGUCUUGAAGAGAUCAAACAUGGAGUUACGUCAUCUCUAUCUGAGAAAACAGAAAGUGGAUUAAAAUCAGUUUUGGGAUCUGAAUUUCCAGAAAAAUAUUCAGACAAUGACGAGAGUACAGAGGAAGACGAAGGGGAUGCUAUCUGCAUGGGUGGUGCAGGUUCAAGGCCACUGUCAGUAGAACCAUGGAUCUCAGAGGAAGCAAAGGAUAGCAGCAGCACUGAACAAAUGCCAUCCACAGCAGCUUAUGUCAAAGAGGAAACUGUAACUGUAACUCAAGUAGAUACUCAUGAUAAAGACGUGUCUGGGGACACAACUAGGCUUUCCCCAGAGCUGAAGACGGACAGCAAGGAAUCCAAGACACCAUCUUCCCCUGUAUUGCCUGCAGAUCAUAGUAGCAUCAUGACCAAGCAAUCAUCUACAUGUGUCACCACUCAGGCAAGCUCUGAUGAGUCCAGGAAGCUUGAAACACAGCUUUUGUUAUCAGACACUGUUAAGGCUGAGAAGGAAGUGGAGAGAGAAAUGGAAGGAGAGCGAGAAAUGGCCUCUCCAGGUUUAGAAUCAUCCUCCUCAUAUUUUCAGAAAACAGACAUCGCUGAUGAGCAUCCUGAAACAAAAACCGAAAAAGAGAAAAUGGAUGACAGCAUCACCUAUCAGCUUGAGAAAGGGAGCUGUGAAAUGUCCAAAUAUGAGCCCUACGAAAAACCUGUCUCAGAAGAACUUGACAGGGACAGAGAAGAAGAAGAGCAAUAUCCUAGCUCUAACCUUGACAUAGAUAUAGAUGACAAUCGGAGGGCCAGCCAGUCAUCUCAGCAAGGAGCUGCAUGCCACGAAGAUGAACAAAGUGAUGAGGAACCAGUGUCAUUUAGCAAGGUUGAUUACCACACACCUUUCUCAGAUUCCAAGGGUGGACCCAGUACCUCAUCAGAGCAAGACAAUAAGGCAAGUUACCAAGAAGAGGAGUUAGAAAGCGAGCGAGUAGACACUCCUUACGUGCACAAGAGUUUCACAUAUGUAGAGACCUGCGACAAUAGAACCAUCCCUACUCCUGAACCAAGCGCCUCCAGUGACUUACAAGAAGACAAGUCCGAGAAAUUAGUAAGGGAGGAGGAAGAGAAAGAGAAGGAAACUGUCAGGGAGGAGACAUUUUCUCCUCUUCACAGGGAAGAAGAACGGGACACUCACUCUGAAGUGCCAGUAAAACAGCCCUGUUCAUCUGCAUCCAAUCUGUCAUCUCCUGAUUCAUUAGAGACAGAGAAAGAGAAAGAUGUAAAGGGAGAAGAGAGAAAGUCUUCACUUCAUACUGAGGUCUGUGAAGAUCCAGCCUCUCAUCUUAGCACUGAGACUCAUGGAACUGUUGAGCCUCCACACGAAGGGCUGUUUUCUUCUUCACAAAGUCAGUUAGGCCUUCAGUCCACAACACUACCGUCAACCUCAUCUCAUGCUGAAGAUGUUUCCGAUAGCCAGAUCACAAAGAGUGAUAAGAAAGGAGAAGAAUCAUCUCACAGCAAAGAAGACCUGUUUUCCUCUGGACGAUACUCACCACCAGAGAAAGCUAUCCAGCCAGGUCGUGCUUCUCCUGAGGAACAAACUCAGGUCUCUGCUACUUCAAGUGCUGAAGUCCAUCAUGUAGAUGACAAUGUCCUUGCAUCUGAAAGUGCAAACAGUGGAAGUUCUUUGACUGGAAAAUCUCUGCUGGCAAGUGGAGAGACAGAAACACAGUACACAGUCAAAUGUCAGAAGAUCUUUGCAGAGCAAGAGGAUGACUAUGAUGAGGAUGAGGAAGAGGAAUGUGAAGAAGAUGAUGCCAGCGAUGUGGAUAUGGAAAAGGGUGCGAGAGAGAUGUCUGAAAAGGAGACAAAAGAAGAAUCUGAUGAUUUUAGUGAUGAACCUAAGUUGGAUAAGGACAAACAGCAAAAAGAAGCAAAGCAGUCAUAUGAAUCUGAAUAUACCUACAGAAAAACAGAGGAGGGUAUUGUGUCAGGAGCUUCAGAAGAGCAGUUAGGAGGUGUGACAGUUGAAGAAUCUUCUAAAGAUGCUGCUAAGACAUCUACUACUGUUCAUCUUGGUCAGUCUGAAAAAGUUCUGUCAAGUACAUCAGGACUUAUACAGGACAAACAUGAUAUGGACAAUAAGGACAGUUGCUUACACUAUCCUGACCAAAGCAAGUCCACUGAGGACAAACAAACUGAGGAGUGUGAGACACAGCAGACUUCAGAUAAAAAACUUGAGGCACCAGAAUUAUCAGUAGGUGCCCAGGCAGCCAUGUUUGAUGCAACACAGUCUUCAUCCUCAUCCUACAGUUAUUCGUCCUCGACCUCUGCUUCGUAUUCAACAGGCCAACAUUUUGGAGAGGGACUGGGGACCCCUCUUACUAUACCAUCAUAUGAGUACUCCUCUCUCAAAGAGGAAGAAGAAGAAGAAUCUCUUCCAAUGGAUUUGCCCUAUUUAAGUUCUGGUUUACACUCAAGAGAUGAGUACAUGGAAGUGUCUGAUAGACACAUACCUCUCACGACAACAACCGAGUCGAUAUCUAGUCUUGCAAGGUUUUCUCCACUCAGUCCUCUGGAUGAGACCAAAUCUUUCCUACAAGAUCAAGCGUCUUCAGCAGAGGAAAAGUCAGAAGAAGAAGUGACCUGUAUCAAAUCAGACAAAGAUCCACCCUCUGAACAAAAAGGUAUAUCUGUGACUGGCCUUCAGUGCACAAAAGCGCCGGAAGCCGAAAUUGCAGCUCUGCAGCCAGAAGUAGCUUCUGCUACAUCAGUUAUGUUCGAUAUAGCUCCAUUAAAGAAAGCUGACUCAGCAGAGAAACAGGACCAGGAAGAAUGCUCUGACAUCGAGCCAGAGGAACGCGUAAGCAGUAUUGAAGAAGGAACUCUUCCCUGUAGAAUUGAAUGUGAGAAAUCUGUACCUCAAAAAGCAAGCAUUGAAUCACUGCCUGAACCACAUACAGAUUCCAAAGCCACGACUAAACCUGUCCACUCUGAUCAGUCUAGUCUUCAGAAGGACUCACCACUGCAGUCUGCGGAAGAGUCAUCAAAUGUACCUACACAUGUUUGUACAAGUUCCCAAGAUGUUUCAAGUAAACCAAGUAAAGCAGUUGAGGCUGAUACCAAGGACAAACCAGGUACAAAAGAGGAAGAUGUGGAGAAAGAGAAAUCAGAGAGAGAGGUUCAAGAUGACAAAUGCCAAGCUAUCCCAGGGAUGGAGAAGAAGGAUGAGGAGAAAAAGAUAACAGGCGAAGAACGGAGAAAGAGCGAUGAAGAAAUGAAAUGUGAAAAAAUUGAUAAAGUGAAGGAAGAAGAGAUUCACAGUGAAAAACUGAAAGAAGGGGAUAUAGAAGAGAGUAAAGAAGUGGUUGGUGAAACAGUGGAAAUAAAAAAAGAGUGCAAAGAGAAAGAGCAGGUGGAAAAGUCUGAUGAAAAAAUAGAGGCUAAAGAAAAAGCAGAGGAGAAAAAGGAACUACAAAAAGUGGAUUUGCCUGAAAAAAGUACAAAGACAACAGACACCCAGGAGCCCAUUCAGAAGAGCACUUCUGCUCCUGAAACAAAGUCAGACGCUGUUACAUGUUUAAAAUCAACACCUGGCCAUGAUGAGGAAGUUUAUAAACAUAAGAAAGAGGGAUGUGAGGGAGAACUUCCAGAAAAUGGCUCAAAAAUUCAAAAAGAUCAGACUUUGGAAUUGCAUUCAUCGGGUGAUGAGACCGGUUGCUCCAAGCCCUCUAAAGCGUCAGAUUCAGAGUGCGUUCGACCUUCUGAUCUCUGCAUGGAGGCCAGCUCUUCUCAAUCACCUCCAUUAUACAAACACCGCAAAGGAGAACUUUCCCCAUCGUUCAUCAACCCAAGUCCACACCGUUUAUCCAGUGAGGAAGGAGAGGAGGACGGCAGGAGCGACGGCUCAAAAGAGGGUGAUUUUGACGACGAACGUGAGCAGCACUCUGUUAAGAGAAGAUCUCACAAACAGCAGCAUCAUCAUGCCCACAGCUCCCAUGGAGACAGCAAGGAUGGAACACAUGCCCCUUCUAGUGGCAUGGCAACUGGACAUGGUGUAUCACUCGCUGGAGGAGAAGAAACUCCUCCCACCUCAUUGAGUGAGUCACUCCCUUCUCAGUCUGACUCUGAUGUGCCGCCCGAGACUGAAGAGUGUCCGUCCAUUACAGCCGAAGGAAACCUUGACUCAGAUGAGGACGCAGAGCACCUACCAGUGGACAAAAUGUCUGCCCCUGGUGCAGGAGGACACCACUCAUCCUCUCCGAGGAGCCAUGAUCCCCCUCCUGUCCCAAUGAAAGACCCGGCCCCCCAGCCCCCACGCCCUGAUGUGUGCAUGGUGGAUCCAGAAGCUCUUCUUAAUGGACAAACCAUCACAGAGCGACCCGUCAAGAAAGACAUUAAAACCAACAAAGGGUUACGGAAGACUCUGGGGAAGCCAAAGUCUGCAUCUCCAGGACGUAAAAGCGACACAAGGAGCAGGAGAUCAGCAACACCUGUAAAACAGACAUCCAAAGACUCCUCGCCUCGCGCUCCUUCUCUUAAAAGAUUAGACUCUGAGAAGACGCUGCGGUUAUCUCGCCUGGCAGAAACACCAGGCUCUAAAGGAGAGGGCUAUUCUGGAAAAGGGCUGGUCAAUGGUGUAAAGAGCAAUGCAGGUUCUAAUCAGAAGUCCAGUUCUGGAGUUUCACCUGGACCACCUUUCUAUGUUGACCUUGCGUACAUUCCAAAUCAUUGCAGUGCUAAAAACGUGGAUCAAGAGUUUUUCAAGCGAGUGCGCGCUUCAUACUACGUAGUGAGUGGAAAUGACCCGAGCAGCGGAGAACCGAGCCGUGCAGUUCUGGAUGCACUGCUUGAAGGAAAAGCACAGUGGGGAACCAAUUUGCAGGUGACCCUGAUCCCCACUCAUGAUACAGAGGUGACUCGUGACUGGUAUCAGCAGACUCACGAGAAACAGCAGGAUCUGAACAUAAUGGUCCUAGCCAGCAGCAGCACGGUGGUCAUGCAAGAUGAGUCUUUCCCUGCCUGCAAAAUUGAAUUUUAGGAAGAUUUUCUAUUUAGAGACAUUCGUUUCUCUUCAUUCCUUAAGAUUCAGAUGAUGUGUUCUUUACCACCCACAGCCUUGCAUUCCAUUGACUGCCAUUUAUAGUUUGUAUAUUAGCCCGCAACGGCAACAGAUCCUAGUGCUGUCAAACAAGGCCUUACUUAUAAGCUUGGGUUUAGACUCCUGAUUCAAACGUGUGUUAUUUUGGUUGUGUCUGCAAGGCUUAGGCGACCCACUUGAUGUUGAAUGAUGACUAGAUGCUGUAUGGGAAUUGCUAGCAUAGGCUGAGGUUUGUUUGUUUGUUGCACACUUAGUUUAAUUGUAUUCUGUGGUGGUAUCCUUUACUAGGCAAGUAUUCCUGUUCGAAUGCCUUGACCUAAAUUUGACUUUAAAGCACAAAAAUACCCUCCUGCAGUUUUUAUAGUAUACCUCAUUCCCACCCAUCUUCAUUAUGAAUGUGAGCAUGCUUCAGUACACAUUUCUUCUAAGCAUCUCCAUCUAAGAAAUCAAACUUUGAAUAUAGCAGUAUCUUUUUUUUCUAAUAACAUGCCGUCUGAGACAACACUAUCUUUAAGAUGACAGUCUGCAAAACGUCUUUAUCUGUGUUGUGAGUGAUGGUCAAGGCUGUGCAUAUAAUAAUCCACCAUGGAUAAACUAAAACACUCAAAAAUAUUCUGAAAAGGCACAUACUGUACACAUACCAGCAAAAGCAACCAUUAAACUAAUAAACAAAGCUCAUAAUACAAAGCAUAUUCAAGUGCCAAAUCCAAAUCCUGCAUUGUCUAACAGCUAACAGAAUCUGUAUGGGUUCUGGGUUCUGCAAAAAUAUUCUAUAUAUAUAUAUAUAUAUAAAUAUAACAAAAACCAAAAUCUUGAAGGACACAUUUUUGUCUGCUCAUUACCGGAGGCUGGAUAUGUAUGUGUGUGCCUUUAAGAAUGUGACACUGUAGAUGACAUAUACCAGCAGCUCAGUGGUGUUUGGCUGACUGUGCUCUCGUGUAAUCAUAGCUGAUGCAAAAGGGUCAAGAACCAGCCAGUUCAGCUUGUGUGUAGCAUUCUAUAAAGAAUCUAAUUUAGCUAGAAAUGUUAAAGGAGAAUAUUUGAUAUUGAUAUUAUAUAUAAAUAUUUAUGUAUAUAUACAGUAUAUAUCUGUAUACAUAGUUUAACUACAGCAUGAUGCUUGUGACUGAGGGCUCUGCUUCAGGAUCGGAAGAGUCUUUGUGUACUUCCUAUCUACAUACAGACUAAUAGCUACGGCAGCUAGUUUACUAUCCGUUUAUCUUCUGUUAUUUACAUGAACAUCUACAUGUGGAUGGCUGAGUUUGCUAUGAUGGUGACGACGAAAAGAGUGAAGCCUGUGAGUUCGCGAAUAGAUAGAACAGAAUUUAUUACCAAUUGUCUAUAUAUAUAUAUAUAUAUAUAUAUAUA